AUGGGGUUCUCGGCGACCCAGGAGCAUCAUGAUGCCAUCGAACGGAUCGAGGAGCGGCGAGAGCCGACCCCUGACAUGGAGGCCAUCUAUUUUCUUACCCCGGAGCCGCACAUUAUUGAUUGUCUCCUUGCCGACUUCGACAGGAGGCAGUACGGACGAGCAUACUUGAUAUGGACAAGCUUGUUGGAUCCUAAGCUGAGCCGCAAGAUUAACGAGUUUCCUGGCGUUGGAAGCCUGAUGGUGCAGUCGCAACAACAAAGACCAGGAUCAAGGGCUGUAGCAAACCCCAAAACCCUCCUCAUUGACUUUUAUCCUCGCGAAUCGCACCUCGUUUCAUUUAGAGAUCCUUGGAGCUUUCCCAUUCUUUAUCAUCCCGCUUGCAACAACUUGAUUCCAAAGCACAUGCGAAUACUGGCGCAAAGGAUUGCUGGUGUUUGCAUUACUCUAGGAGAAUACCCCAAGAUCCGAUAUUAUCGACCGACCGCCGCCUUUCACGAAGCUUCGGUUCUUUCUUCUCACCUGGCUAGAUUUGUACAAGAAGAACUAGACGUCUACGCCGAGUGGCACAAGAACGAAUACCCGCCACCGUCGAACCGACCGCCCUCAACGCUCAUAAUCACUGAUCGCUCAAUGGAUCUUAUGGCACCAUUGCUGCACGAAUUUACCUACCAAGCCAUGGCGCACGACCUGCUACCCAUCAAAGAUGGUGACAGGGUGACGUUUCAUACCACAAUAAACGCCGGCACCAAGGACGAGCAAGAGAAGGACGUGGAACUCAGCGAUAAUGAUAAGAUUUGGGUCGACAAUCGACAUAGGCACAUGAAAGAUACCAUUGACAAGCUCAUGGGUGAUUUUCAAAAGUUCAUCGACGAGAACCCCCAAUUUACCAAAGACACAGGGAACGGAGACGCUCCGAGUCUCAACACCAUCAGAGAGAUGUUUUUAGGUCUCCCCCAAUUUCAAGAAAUGAAAUCUGCAUAUUCACUACACCUUACCAUGGCCCAAGAAUGCAUGAACGCGUUCCAGAACCACAAACUUCCAGAUCUGGCGUCCGCCGAGCAAACAAUGUCAACGGGCCUAGACGAGGACUACAGGAAGCCCAAAAAUAUCCUUGAAACGGUUGUGGGUUUAUUAGACGACGAGGCAGUACUACCAACCGAUCGCCUGCGUUUGAUUGUAAUAUAUAUCCUUUACAGAGGCGGGGUCAUUACAGAAGACGCCAAGAAGCUGCUCCUUCAUGCGUCUCUACCGCCCCAAGAUGGUGAAGUCAUUGCCAAUAUGGAGCUCCUAGGAGGCAAAACAUCAUAUACCCUUAAGGAGCCGCGACAGCAGCCUCUGCCCUUGUUCCCCAAGGAUCCCAAGGCCUUUCAACCAAACGAAGACUAUGCCCUUUCUCGAUUCGAACCGGUCCUCAAGUCCGUACUCGAUGAGCUCACCAAGGGAACGCUAGAUCAAACCAUUUUCCCUUAUGUCAAACCACCCUCAGACCCAAAUGAAGACCUCCUUGCAGCACAGGGCGGAUCUCUCCGUGCCGGGCGACCAAACUGGGCCGCCGCCGGCCGCCGACCACCGGAAAACCGCCAAAGGAUCAUCGUCUUUAUGGCCGGCGGCGCCACGUACUCGGAAAGCCGCGUCUGCUACGAAGUCGGCCGCGAAAAGAGCCGCGACAUCGUCCUCGCCACCUCUCACAUGCUAACCCCCAAGUUCUUCAUCCGACAAGUCGCCGACCUAAGCCGCGACAAGCGCCAACUCGAUAUACCCAUGGAACGACCCAAGCCCCGUGCCCCAGCUCACUUGUUUGAACGUCCACCACCACCGCCUCACGAGCAGCCAACCCCCGGCGCUGGCCCUAGUAUGGCUGGUAAUCCAAGACGAGCACCACCACCAACUGGUGGCCUCCCGGGCCGCCCAGUCGCGCCCCCUGGAGGAGCACCCUUACCGCCCGUACCGCCCGUGUCCUCCAUGUCCGGCCUCAACCUAAACUCCAAUGGCGCUCCUCCCGCCAAGCCGGAGGGGAAGCCACCCAAAGAGAAGAAGAAAAGAAACUUCCUGGGCAUAAAGAAAUAG